UUGUAUCACCUGUCCCUUGUUAGUCCUGGUUACCUCUUUUAUUUAGUCUCUCUGUUUCCCUUGUCUGUUGUUGGAUUCUUAUUUUCUGUUCGAGUGGUUGUUGUGAUGUUCUGUCCUGUGUAUUCCUGCGUAUUCCUGCCUGAAAUAAAUCUCUGUAUUACUGCAUUUGGGUCCUAACCUUCUCUCCACUGUGACAGAAGAAUCCGACCACAUAUGGACCCAGCAGGCACCUCAUGGAGGUAAGCUGGCAGGCUGUGGAGCGGGAAUUCAGCUUUCCAGUGCUCAAGCAGUCUUUUGAGCUAACGUGUGUACCCGAGCCUGAGCUGACCCGUGUACCUGAGCCUGAGCUGACCCGUGUACCUGAGCCUGAGCUGACCCGUGUACCUGAGCCUGAGCUAACCCGUGUACCUGAGCCUGAGCUAACCCGUGUACCUGAGCCUGAGCUAACCUGUGUACCGGAAUCGCCGCUGACAUGCAGUCGCCCAGAAUCGCCGCUGACGUGCAGCUGCUCAGAACCACCACUUACGACUGAGCUCCCAGAGUCUACGUCGCCUGACAUCCCAGAGACUUUGCCGGUGUCCGGCGCCCCAGAGACUUUGUCGGUGGAUCGGCCGACACCUGCCCCCCCGGGUUUUGUCGGCUGUCUGUCCGGCCUCUACUCCAAUUACCUUGUCGGCGGAUUGGCCGACUCCUGAUCCUGUAACCUUGUUGCCUGUCUCCAGCCCGGCUGACUCGUCGCCUGUCUCCAGCCCGGCUGUUCCUUCGCCUGUCCGGCCCCCAGAAGGGUUCUGCCUCCGCCGCCGGUCUCUAGAGGGAUAUCGCCUUCGCCGCCGGCUGCCAGAGGGAUAUCUCCUUCGUCGACGGCCGCCAGAAGGCGUCUGCCUUCGCUGCGGCCCCCUGUUUCGGAGGCCUCUGUCCCCUGAUGUCAAGGUCUCUCUAUCACCUGUUGCAGAGGCCUCGCUCUGUUCCCUGUCCCUAGUGGCCCCCUGUUUCCCCCCCCAGGCCUCAGUGAUACACCCGCUGAGAAGCCAAUUCUGGUUAUUGGGAGCUCCAUACUGCGCUAUGUGAAGCCGGCGGCCCCAGCGGCUACAGUACCCAUGGUCAUGUGUCCCCGGGGCUAGAGCGGGCGAUAUUGAAACCCAUCUAGAGCUGCUGGCUAAAAAGAACCGUAAAUACAGUAAGCUCAUACUUCACGUAGGGGGUAAUGGUC